AUGAGGCUAGAGUUAUCUAUUAGUAGGAUUUUGCAAUGGAAUCCUCAUAAAGGGGAACAUGAGACAAUCUUUGCCGACAUGUUAUUGACCCAUCUAAAGAGAAAACUUGGGAAAACACCCAGGGAUACAGACAGCUCAACUUUCGAUUCUGCAACUUUUGAAUUCUUGGUUGGUAUAAUUUUUAUCCUGAGAAUUAUUUUUGUGGAGCCUUCUAAUUAUUCACUAGGUAGCAGAGAAAUUCCAGCGAGAGAAGCUGUGACGGAGACGAUCCCAGGAUCUAAAUCAAUUUUAUGUAAUCAUAGUUUCUUGGGGUAUCACAAGACAUUGUACUAUGAUGACCAGCAGUAUUGCAUAAAUGGCCAUAUCAAUGGAGUUGCUGAUUUGAUGUUUUGGAGUGGACAAUCUGCAUAUGGGGAUGUCGCCAUUUCAGAGGAUAUAGGUGCACAGCAGAGCAACUAUUUUGUAGGUUCCAUCAUUGCACAUGAAAAUGAUGAUCUAAAUGUUGAGAGUUGUUUCAUAUUCACCAGUUGCAUUGCAUUAUGA